AUGGUCAAAUCAGACGUACGAAGUGAUUAUUAUGCGGACCUGGGGCUCUCACCCAGCGCAGAUGCCGAGGAUAUUAAAAGACAAUUCAGGAAACUGGCACUUUUGUACCACCCGGACAGAAACCCAGGAAGAGAAGCCGAGUUCAACGCCAAAUUCCAGGCCAUCCAGGCUGCCAACGAAAUCCUCAGUGACCCUAAAGAGCGGAUUAAGUACGACACCGAACGUUUGCGCGCAGGAUACGGCAAGAAUUAUGUACCAUCCAGAGCGAAUACCCAGCGCAAAUCACAACCACCCAGUUAUCCGCCUCGCCCUGCAGCUACUCCCACACCAUCGGCCAAACCACAAUAUGCGAAAACACCACCGAAUGGACCGUCAGCUGGUGCACGACGAUACGCAUCCCAUGCGCGUGCCGGUCCACAGCAGUGGAAGUCCCAGGACACUGCGGAAACAAGGGCCGAUGCUUACGCGGCAUUUGCCAAUAUGAGAGGAGGAAAUAAGUCUGGAUGGCAGGGCUUUGAUCCUGCAACUGGUCGUGCUUCAGCUAGCACACCAGGUCCUGGGGCCCAACGUCACCCUUUUGGAGCUUCUGCGCAGUCCACUCGGCCGAAAUCCGCCUUUGAGGCUUUCCAAAACGCCCAUACUAAUGCGCAGGCUCACAGCACUAGGAAAAAGCAGGGCUUUGCGCCAGGCGCUGCUGGAGGUGAUGAGCCCAUGGCCCGCAAUACUUCCGCCUAUAGCAGUAGCAGUCGAACCGAACGACCAAGCAGCCAAUACUUUGAGCCUGCUCCGCCGCCAACGGCCAAGAAACCCGCAGAGCCUGAGCUGUCUUCUAAGCAACAUCAAUUUACCCCAGAGUUUGAACGAUCCAGCAGGAUAUACGCUCAAGCGGGCAGGGGUGAGAAAACCUUCGUUUCAGGCAGUGGAUUAGGUCGCUCCCAGACUUUGCGAACCCCAUCAGGGUCGACUCGUCCAAAUGUGAAUGCCAAUACAUCCAGUCCUGCGUCAGGCCGAUCUGGAAGACACCGUAGCGCCAGCCCCAAGGCGAGACGGAACCCCACCAACUAUGACUCCACUAGCUCGAGUGAAUCGGAGGAGGAUAUGCCCAAACCAAAGGCCGUGCCGAAGAGUCGACUGCGGCCAGAACAAAAGUUUGCAGACUUCCAUCGCCAGCAUACACAAGGACCCAGAAACGGUGAGGACCUCCUCUUUUCCUACAGACUUAAACAUGGGAUACCAGGCAUCCCAGACUUCGUUUUCGACCUGCCAGUCUUUCCAGAUUACCUACUACCACUACCCCAUCCUCCCUGCGGAUUUUAUCCGAUACCACAGGUUUCUUCCCACUUUGAAACCCAAUAUACUGACUGCAACGACCCUAAAGGACAUACCUCGGAUAGCGCAGCUUUCCCAAAAAGCUCGUUUCGGCCGGACCAGGCCGAUUCUUCAGGCUCCUCCUCUUCUCUUAAUGUUGAGCAUGGGAUCAAUACACGGCGACCUCAGCCUACUCCAUUCGGUCGUAGCAGCACAAGUGACUUGCAUAAAAAGUUUUCUGCGGAUGAUUGGCGCGAUCAUUUAAGUCAGUUCGAUUUCAUGGGCUCUGUUUCGCCGGCCAAGGAUUCACUUCCAAAAUCGCCCGCUUCACAAACCCGAGCACGAGCAGCCCAGCGAAACGGAGCUGGGUCCCCAAUCUCGAAUCCCUUCGGUCCUACACCAUUAUAUCAAACUUCCGACUCCGCCAAAACCCAACAACAACCUACUCCCUUUGCGCAAGCCAAGUUCUCUGCAGAUUCGUGGUCCGAGCAACUUCGAAAUCUCUCCUGGACAGCUCCCGAGGCAGAUAAAACUCGGCAAGCAACGAAUUCGGUGCCACCCCGGAGUCCUAAGAAACAGCCCAGGGCUGGCACCAAAGUACGGGGGGCGCCGCAGCCUGCAAGUGUUGCCACCGAAGCGGAUGAGGCCAAUGCGACACUUGAUGAGCAGAACCCUCUUGGGCCACCACCGCGAGCAGACGCAGCGCCGGAUGUUGACGUUGAGGAGAUGGAUCUCGACGAAGACCUCUCUACUCCGCCAGGCGGACCACCUGUCCCAGGCAAAGUCUCACUUGACAGAUCAGGCAGUGGCAGCUAUCCUGAUUUGGCUUCUCAAGCUGCGCCGGAAUCCCCAGCCAAGAAGCCCAGACAUCCUCCUCGAACCGAAAACAGCACACCAAACUCACCAUCUAGACCCGCUCUUUUUAACCUAGACAACCUCCGCAAUGCCGCUCCGUUUGCCAAUACAACCGGUGGAGGCAUCGAGAACCUUGAGGAUUUCCGCACAACUCUCCCAUUCGACUCCCAAGCCAAGCAACAAACAACCACAAAACGCGACAUUCGACCACGAGAACUCCAACUCCCGAAUCCCCCCAAACGCCCCAUGGCCCCCGAUCCCAUUUUAUUCCCAGGUUCCUCCAAGCCCGUCCUGCCUCGCGACAAAUGGAACUGGUACGUCUCCGCAAUGGGGGCAUACAUGCACGAAUGGAACUUAUUCAACCGUCGCAUGCUCACGCACUUCAACGCACGUCAACACGCGAAUGAGACCGGUCUCGCGCCAGGCUGGAUCAGUGCCGUUGGUGACUCAACGCGUUUGAGAAUAGGCCCCGACGAUGAAAGCAACGGCACUGACGGCAAGACGAAGAUCCGCGAGGAUAGUGAUGACAUCGACGAGUUUCUUAUUCCUGAUUCGAAUAAGGGCGGCUUCAGUGCCUACCUUCGUGGCGUUGAGGAGGAUAUCCAAGUGCGGAAGCAUUGGGAUGUUGCUUCCGAGUUGCACCGUGAAUGUAUUCUUGAGCUUGGAAAAUUAAGAGAGUGGAUUCGAAAUGGAGGGAAAGUCGCCUAG